AUGGGAAGCGAUGACGGGACUGAUGUACCAGAAGCCCCUUCGGCAACCUCAACCCCUCUGGGUGGCGGCUCCAUACCGACCAACGGAGACCCAGCCGCCUUGAGCCCAGCCCCAAAGAGUGGACUUGAGCUGGGAGCCAUCAUCGGCAUCGCCGUCGGCUGCGGUCUAGCAGGUCUCCUCGCCGUCCUAGGAAUCAUCUGGUUCGUCGUCCGCCGCCGCCAACAAAAGCAGAACCUCCACCCCACCGGCUCCUCCAACUCUGACCACCGCGGCGACGACCUCAUGGCCGAAAAAGAAGCCCACACCGGCGUCGACGUAGACGCCUCACCAAACUCGCCUUACUCCGACGACGGUCACCCCAACGGCACCUACCCAACAGGCACCGCCGUCACAACAAUAGCCGCGCCAGCAGCGGCAGCUCCUCCUCACCUUCAAGACCAAUCCCGUUCUUACACACCAUACUCUGACCGAGCAGGAGCCGCAGCCGGAAUUACCGCCACCACACCAAGCAUCCGAACGGAAUCUCUUGCCCAAAACGAUGACGGGGCCCGUGCCAACGUUCCCAACCCAAUACCAGGGCGGGCGACACCACGGGGUCUAACCACACCAUACGCCCACUUGGUAGAGGAAGGAAUGACGGAGGAUGAAAUCAGGAGGUUGGAAGAGGAGGAAAGGCAGCUGGACGCUGCGAUUGAACAAGCAGGGAGACGAUAA